UGUAGUGCAAUGGCAAGGGCGUUCGAGAUCAAUCGCUACAAACACAGCGCCAAGCUUCUCCAUCUCAUCAACGAAUUCCGAAAGGACGGCCGACUCUACGACGUCACCGUCAAAGUCAGCACGAUGGAAAUCUCCACACACCGCGCCGUCCUUGCCGCCAGCAGUCCCUAUUUCCGCGCCAUGUUCACCACCAACAUGGCAGAAGCCACGCAAGACGUCGUCACGAUGAAAGACAUCGACCCCGACGUCCUAGACCGAAUCGUGGAGUUCACAUAUACGGGACAUCUGGACCUUCUCGCCGCAGUCUCACUCAUACAACUAGAAUCAGUACAAGAAAUAUGUUGCAAAUUUUUAAAAGAACAUUUAGAGCCGGCCAACUGCCUAGGUAUAAGAAAUUUCGCGGAGGCGAAUGGCUGCACGCAAUUGACUGAAGCGGUUGAUGUGUUUGCGCGCGAGAGAUUCGUUGAUGUCUAUUGUGGCGACGAGUUUCUCUCGCAUCCGUGCGAGCACCUCAUCUCGCUCAUAUCGAGCGACGAACUGAACGUUACGAGCGAGAAAGAAGUCUAUCUAGCCGUGAUACGCUGGGUAGGGAAGAUUUGUUGACUCUGAUUGUUGGUUGAGUGAUGUGGUUAUGUGAUCUAAUGUGAUCUAAUAUAGUUGUGGUGUAUACUGUUAUUCACUGUAGUAUACUGUAAUGUGGUGUAUUGUAGUGUACUGUAGUAUACAGUAAUGUGGUGUACUGUAGUGUACUGUAGUAUACUGUAAUGUGGUGUACUGUAGUGUACU